AUGCUGAUGGCACUGUGCUCUGCUAGCACCAACUCAUCGAGCAAUACCACUCGGCUCGAGACUUCAACAAGCUUCACCCACGUCCGAUCUGGAAUUCGCGAUGGCUCGGUAAGGAGUCGAGGCGUCAACCUCGGUGGUUGGCUGGUAGCCGAGCACUGGAUGACAGCAGACGCAGCUUUCUGGCAAGGCGCCGAAGACCAUUUCGCCAACUCCGGCGAGUACACAACUAUCACGAAAGCGUCAAAUCCAGACGAUAUCCGCGCCAAGCUGGGGGACCAUCACGCAACUUUCAUCACUGAAGACGACAUCGCCCAGAUCGCAGCGGCAGGACUCAACACGGUUCGAGUGCCGCUGGGCUUCUGGAUUUUGGGCUACGACAACCACGACCCGUCCAACCAACACGAGUGGCAAGUGUAUACACGAGGAACAAUCGCGUACUUGGACCAGCUCAUCAGAUACUGGACCAAGAAGCACAACGUCGCGGUGCUGGUCAGUUUGCAUGCUGCUAAAGGUUCUCAGAACGGAGCUGAUCACUCGUCACCUGCAAGCCCAGGACAGCAGUUCUGGAGUCAAUACCCGGAGAACGUGGCCAAUACCAUUGAGGUGGCUCGGUUUCUGGCUGAGCGGUAUCUAAACGAUGAAGCUUUCCUGGGGAUUGGACUGCUCAAUGAGCCUAAUGGCAACACGGAUGAAAAGGUGUUGUAUCAAUACUACAAGGAUGCGUAUCAAGCGGUGCGUUCGACUGGCAGUGACUGCGUACUGAGUAUCAUGCCAAUGCUGCAGAAACAGAGUCCCGACGAGAUGGUGGGCUUCAUGGAGGCGCCAGAGUUCACGAAUGUGUGGGUUGAGUGGCAUCCGUACUUCAUCUGGGGCUAUGAGCACACACCGGACAAUCAAUUGGUCAAUAUCGCUGUUAAACAGGAGUACAAAGGGCGGGUGGACAAGUGGAACGCUCGUGCAGGUCACAACCGCUUGUUCAUUGGCGAGUGGAGUGUGGCAACUGCGUCCAAUAUGCGUCGUACCAACCCCGAUUUGUUCUACACGUUUACGACAGAGCAGCUCAAGGCGCACGAAGCGGCGGAAGGAGGGUGGACGCUGUGGUCGUGGAAGGUCUCAGCAGGCAACAAUCGCGACCUGGAGGACUGGUCUCUGCAGAAUCUCCUCGCUGACGACCGCCUCGGUAGAAUUCUGCGUAACAGUUCGUAG